GUUGCCGUAGAGACGACUGCCACUGAGGAGUCAGGAGCCCGAGAUAUCGGAAGCACUGGAAACUGCUCUUCGAUCCUUAUUUAGGAAAACGUGUGAUGAACACUACUACAGACUGUUUCCCCCUUCUUGCCCUUUGGACAACACGAUGUCUGAUGUGAAAGUCUGUUCCACUGUGAGUGGAAAUCCCUCUCCGCCGGAGGUCACAAAUCCCAAGCGCGCUGGACGUGUCACCAAUCAGCUUCAGUACCUGGAGAAGGUGGUGGUCAAAGCUCUGUGGAGGCAUAACUUCUCAUGGCCCUUUCGCCAGCCAGUUGAUGCAGUGGCUCUGCGUCUCCCAGAUUAUUAUACAAUUAUUACAAAGCCUAUGGAUCUGAGCACCAUCAAGAAGCGCCUCCAGAACAAAUACUACUGGCAAGCACUUGAAUGUAUACAAGACUUCAACACCAUGUUUACCAACUGCUACGUCUACAAUCGACCUGGAGAUGACAUUGUAUUUAUGGCACAGACCUUGGAGAAGCUUUUUUUGCAGAAAGUGUCCCAAAUGCCAAAAGAAGAGUGGGAAGUUACGACAAUCACUGCAAAGGACCCAGUGAAAGGAAGAAACACAACUGCAGGUGCAAUAAAGCAGAGAUCCCUCGUGUCAGAAGUUGUUCUCCAGCAGACUGUGACAGUCAUUCCACCUGAUGUGCCUCAAUUCAUCCCGCCCAUCCAGCUCUCUGCACAAAUUGAUGCAGUAACAAUUAAAAAAGGUUUAAAGAGGAAAGCAAACACCACGACCCCCACCUCCUCCCACAUCACCAGCCAUGAGGCGUCCCUCGCAGAGGAUCUGUCAGCACCUUGCACCAUAUUCCCAAGGAAAAGGCCCAUCAAACCUCCAAAAAAAGACUUGCCUGCUAUUGAGAGCAAGAAGAUCAAACUGUCCGAACAGCUCAGGUACUGUAACGAUAUCCUGAGGGAGAUGCUCUCAAAGAGACACUACCCAUAUGCAUGGCCCUUUUAUACCCCCGUUGACGCGGUUGCUUUGGGCUUGCACGACUACCAUGACAUCAUCAAGCAGCCUAUGGACCUGGGCACCAUCAAGACAAAAAUGGAUCAACGAGAAUAUGCCAAUGCAAAGGAAUUUGCUGCUGAUGUCCGACUGAUGUUCUCCAACUGCUACAAAUACAAUCCACCUUCACAUGAGGUCGUCUACAUGGCAAGAAAACUGCAGGAGGUUUUUGAGGCCCGAUAUCUGAAAGUUCCCCAAGAAGCUGAGGGUCUUUCCAUCCCUCAUCAGCGAGCUGACACGGGAAAAGGAGACCGAGUUGGGAGCGUGUCAACUUCAGAAAGUUCAGAAAGCGAGAGCUCCUCAGAGGCAGAGAGUCCAUCAGAGGAGGUGGCCAUGCAGCUGGCCAAUCUGGAGGAGCGGCUGAAAGCUGUCAGUGAUCAGCUGAAGAGACUCGCCCAAGAGCCCCUGCUGAAACCAAAGAAGAAAGACAAGUUGAAAAAGGAAAAAAGAGCCAAAGAAAAGGAUAUCGCUAGACUAAAGCACAAGUCCUCUAAAUACAAAUCUAUUGUAGGAAAAAUGGCCAACCGAAAGAGCUCUGCUGUGCAUGGAAGCAGACAAAAUAUUCCUGGAGUGCCUUUAAAACGUGAAGCUGAGGACUCAACAGCACCAGUGAGUUACCAGGAGAAAAGGCAGUUAAAAAUGGACAUUGACAAGCUGCCUGGUGACAAACUGGGCAAGUUGGUUAACAUCAUACACACCAGGGAGGCCUGUCUGCGCAAUUCCACUCUCGAGGACAUUGAGGUCGACUUUGAAAUGCUGAAGCCUUCCACACUGAGAGCCCUGCAGAGGUUUGUUGCAGCGUGUCUGAGGAAAUGCGACAAGAACACUGGAUACAAAAAGAUGGCAAAGCCCGCAAAAGCAUUGCAGACUGGGAAACCAAAGGAUGCCGGGACACCUCAGGUUAAAGAGAAGCCCUUGAUUAAGAAAAAAAAGCCACCGGCUAAACCAGUGGCGGCUCCCGAUCUCUGCUGCCCUUCACGUCUCAGUGACAGCAGCACCAGCAGCAGCUUGUCAUCCAGCUCUGACAGCAGCAGCAGCAGCAGCAGUCAUUCAACCACUUGUGAUAGCAGCGACUGUGACUCAGUGCCAAAAACAAAGAAGCCAAAAAGUAAAGACUCUUGCCAAAAGGUUACGAAAAAGCCAAAGGUGACUUGUGCUGUAAGUGGCAAACAGAUCUCGGAGACAAAAGCCUCGGUCAAGAUCUGUCAGCCUUCAGUCGCUGUGCAGUCCUCAGUGGCAGAACCCAAAGUCCACCCGACAGACCGGACGUUCUCACCUCCAGAUUUGUCUGCGCUUUUAUCCCCCAUGGCUUCCCCAGGAGUGAUGCUGGACUGGGCGGCCACCAGAUUUGAGCAGGGCCCGGUGCUGUCCCCUCUGAAGGACAGCCCACUGCAGUCCAAAGAUGAGACCCGGUCCAAUUUCAGAGACCCUGAGGAUUUUCCUCACAGUCAGCCAACUAUUGUGCUUCACACCAACACAGCAAGUAAAUCUGCUGACGAGGAAAAAAAUCCCAAAAAGGAUGUUGUUCUAAAAAAUGCUGAGUCUUGGGCGAAGUUGGUGAAGCAGUCAGUCACUGCAGCUGCAAUCAAGUCCUCGAAGGAGAGCUUCCAGCAGUUCCGUAAGGCCGCCAUAGAAAAGGAAGAACGGGAAAAAAAAGCACUGAAGAAGAAACAGAUGGAGGACAACAAGGAGAAGGAGGCUACAGAAAAGAGCAGCUUACCGGACUCAUAUAAAGCGGAGACAAACCCACAACCUAUUAAAGAGGAUCCUGAUUCACCAGAGAGCGUUUGCACAGAAGCUGCCCUCGGCGCUCUUCAAGAUGCCGAGCAGCAGAAACCGAAGUCUCCCACAGAAACACAACCUCUGACCACACUGUCCCCGGUGGACAGCGAGAGAGAGAUGGCCCGCAAGAAGGAGCAAGAACGACGUAGGCGAGAGGCGAUGUCUGGUAUCGACAUGACAAUGCAGCGGGACAUCAUGACCACAUUUGAGCUUAACCUGGACUAAAAAGAAACUGGGAUUUACCUGGAAAAAUAGCAAAACUUCUGUCGUCUCAGUUUAAUAACUGGAGCUGCUGGUUCUUUUUCGGGCACAAAACUUGACUUCACAUCGACCCUAUGUAUGUUCUUGUCUUUGAACUGGAUGGUAAAUGUUUGCACUGACGCACUGUUGAAUUUGAGAUGAUUGGGGUGACGCACUGUCGAAACUAGAAUCAACAUUUGUGCGUCUUUUUCUGUUGUCUUCACAUUUUGGAUGAAUCCUCCCACAGCUGAAAGUUGUGUAUAACAAGCUAAUGAAUGUAUCCUUCACUGUAGUUAAAAUGCCGCCCUGUCCUGUUAGCUGAAAUGUGCAGUGUUGUUCAGUUCUGCUGUUAAUUUAUCCCAUUUGAUGAAUCCUUACAAACGUUUUUCAUUUUAUCGUGACCCAAAAAUAUACUAAAUGUAGGCAAAACACUGGUUUAUAUGUUUAUGUCACAUGCACGCAUGACUUUUCUUUCAUUAGAAAACAUUUUUGCACACAAUUUAAAACUUUGACCAAAGGUUGAUAAGUCCUCGUCAAAGUUUCCAAAGUGGAAUUGAAGUUCAGUUCCUUAUUUGCUCAACUACUUGAAAAUGCCACACGUGUUUACAAACAUGUGUUUACUGUACACGCACUGCACUUUGUUCAUACAGUUCUGGCUGUUCCAAAGCUGCUUUUGGAGAUUAUCAACACGUUCUGUAUGUUCCAGUUUGUAUAAGCUGAAUAAAUAAGAAUUUAUU